AUGCCUUUCAUACCCUCACCACCCAUGGCCUCAGGUUCGAUAACCAAUUCCGAAGACGCAUCUGAACUCUUGCUGACGUCGCCAGGAGUCGAAGUUCUGCUCAGAGAUCUCCAGUAUUCCUCGCGAGAGGUCGAACCCAACACAGGUCCCGAACGUCGAACGAUCUUACUCAACGACUCAAACAACUGGUCUGUUGAGGUAGGCAGAGCCUCCUCAACCUUACGCACCGUCGACAGUGCACCGAUGGCCACCAACGCCCGCUUCGGCUCGAAAGUAGUCUCGAAGGUGCACGCCACCAUCUCGGCCGAGCCAGAAAGGAAGAAGGUCUACAUCACCGAUGAGGGAUCCAUGCACGGCACAUAUCUCAACGGGAAACGUCUGCCGGAGCAGGUCGACCACUCCGUUGAGAACGGCGAUGUCAUAAAGCUUGGAGCACCCGUCGAUCGUGAAGGUCGUAAGAUUGCCCUCUCCUCUGUCACAAGGACAACGAGCUUACAAGAUGUAGUCACAUUCCUACCUGUCCAAGUACAGAUGAGUGCGAAUUGGCAAGACUCUCCACGCACGGACUGGGUGCCGCCUCCCAACACCCCAUCGACCGCUGCUACAAACCAUCAGGCUGGCACUGUCUCCUCAGAGCAGCAGAUUAAUCCCGCUGAAUACGAGCAAUACUUCGACUCCGAUGAAGGCUCUGACGACGAGCAAGAUCACUAUGAGCCAGAGAGCGAUAGCGAUGCAGGUCGAUAUCCCGAAGAUGAUCCUCCUCGUCGCUUCACCGUACCAGAAUCUGAUCUUUCCGACGAAGCUGAGUCUGCCUUCAACGAUGACGGCUACAGUCCUGCAUACCCCAGUGAAUCUCCUCAGUCAAGCCCCAUAUCACCAAUCGAGACAAAAGACAAGGAGAUCAGCAAGCCGAUGGAUAAGUAUGCCCCUGCCGAUGUCCUCACUGGGAGUCACGACCCACCCAGCAAGUUCAUUGGGUCUUAUUCCCCUCUCCCUGCCCUUCCUCCUGGACGCUGGAACUUCGCCACAGGGCUAGCUGCAGAAGACCUUGUCGAAAAGGCUGAAGAGGCUCGUCGCCAGUAUGAUCCGGAGAACAAAGAUGAUGAGAUCGAGGACAGUGACGACCGCUCCAGCGCCGCGGGAUCUCUGGACUAUUCUGAUGAAGCUGAAGAGGAUGACGAUGUCGAUCAAGCAGAGAACGACCGCUUCCACCAAGAAUAUCCUCAUAAGACAUAUGAUGACCAGUUGCCCUCAGGCUUCUCAACGACCGUGGCUAAGCCACAUAUCACAUUCACGACGAACAAAGUCCGAGAACCGAGUCCAUCCGAUGCUGCCAUGGCCAAACCACCACCUCAGCUGCAAACAUAUCCUCCUCCUACACCGUAUACUCAAGGCUUCGCACCUGCGGCAGUGCCCGAUCCGAGAUCCAUCUGGCCAGGACCACAACAACUCAUGUCAAUGACUUACGGUCCCCCUCCUCCACCGCCUCCGCCAUUCAUGUACGAGCUGCCGACCGUUCAACCAUUGCAGAUGGCGUGGCAUCCACCGAAUCGCGUGCUCCAUCCACCGCUCAACAUUUCUGACCCUGCUCACAAGCGAUUCGACACUCCAGAGGGCGACGUGGACGCUGCAGAAUAUUCUUUUCCGGAGGACAGCGAAGUUGAGUCUGAAUUUCCAGCCUCUGGUCAAGUCUGCCUCAACGACGAUGCACCUCUGAAUUCCCGCAAACGUAAGGCUGAGGCUUUGAGCGACGAUCACUACGACGCCAACAACGAGGUCGAGUUUGGUGCGGUGCCAGCACCUACUAGCGAUCCGUUCAACGGCUUCUCGGACAACAAUGUUGCACAGAGCCAUGUUGCGAAUGGUGGCGUUGCGAAUCAGGUUGUUGAAGAGGACACUACUGCUGAAGUCCAGCUUGCAGAACACAGUGAUUUACCAAAUCAGUCUACUGAGUCAAACGACACCCCAGUCGGAGAUUCAGACAACGACUACCGGCUCUACCUCGAGCUGAGCAAGAAAUUCGGUCCGAUCUCAGAAAACGAGCGCGAACCACCCAGCAAGCGACAGAAGGUAGCGGAGGAUACUGCUCUUGCAUCUCUUGCAUCUCUAGCAGAAGGUACUCCUCCGAUACCUCGCGCGACCGUCGGAAGCACCAUCUUAAGGACCAUUGGAACCACCGCCAAGUGGGGAGCUGUCUUGACCGCCGGCGCUACUGGUGCUGUGCUCGGCCUGGCCGCACUGCCUCCGAACUACUUUGCUUAG